UUUCACAGCUCUCAGAAGCCUCGGUACGAGCCACGAGCACGACAGCCAGUGCGCUCAAUUGGCUUGUCAUACCCGCUCACACCGUGCAGUUUUUGGACACUUUUUUCUUCUUUUUUCCCGGAGCAUUUUCCCUCCCCAUUGCCUCACCUUUGACAAACCUCACGGAUAUCCACGCUUGUUGGAGAGGAGAGUUGGUUCGUACGCGCACCGGAGGACGUGUGUAAAGGGAUGUAAAAAAAAAAAAAAGGGGACACUGUGCCGUUGGAUACGACAGAAAAAAGCCGGUGAAUUCUGUGGAGGAGCCGUGCGUAAACUGGAGGCGAUUAGACGAGGAUUUGUACGAACUGUUUUGGAAAAUGUUCUGUUCUGAUAAUUACUAAAGGGACGUUUUUGAGAGAAAUUGCCACUUUGUGAAUGAAAGAACGCCAGCUUUACCCGCAUUCGCUGCUGGAGGUUGAAUUUUCCAAAGCAAGGGAGAUGGUGUUAACACAGAGAUGUUCAGAGUUGAGGGGCCAGCAACGCUUUGAUGUGAGGACAGUCUUUCAACAUCAAAAUCACUGAGGAAGGCCUGAACAUGCUCGCUUUCCCCGGGAUGUAACAUGGUGGAUUUCUGAGAACCCCAAACAGCACAAUCCAUUCUUCACACAGAUUUGAGGCGGCAUCUGGCAUUGGUGGUUUCUGCGGUCUGGUGGGAUAAGAAAGCAUUGCCAGAGGAAGGAGGGCAGAGUUGGAAUCACAGGCGUUUGCCAAACAAAAGGACUUGUGGACUGAACUCUACUGGGACGUCGGGCAGCGGGCGGUAAGAGGAGGAGGCCAUGUGGACCGCACGGCUGCUAGUCUUCGCCAGCCUCUUCGCUCCGGCCGCUUUGGCGUUCAUUCGAGCCCCCAUCCCCAUGGCGGUGGUGAGGAGGGAGCUGUCCUGUGAAUCGUACCCCAUCGAGCUGCGGUGCCCGGGGACCGACGUCAUCAUGAUCGAGAGCGCCAACUACGGGCGAACCGACGACAAGAUCUGCGAUGCCGACCCGGCGCAGAUGGAGAACACGCGCUGCUACCUCCCCGACGCUUACAAGAUCAUGUCACAGAGAUGUAACAACCGGACGCAGUGUGCAGUUGUGGCUGGACCUGAUGUGUUUCCAGAUCCUUGUCCCGGGACCUACAAAUAUCUUGAAGUCCAAUAUGAAUGUGUCCCAUACAUUUUCCUGUGCCCAGGGCUCCUCCGAAGGGUCUACCAGAGCGAGCACCUCUUCGAAUCGGACCACCAGUCUGGAGCUUGGUGCAAAGACCCUCUCCAGGCCUCCGACAAGAUCUACUACAUGCCCUGGACCCCUUACCGCACAGACACGCUAACCGAAUACUCCUCCAAGGAAGAUUUCAUCGCCGGGCGACCAACAACAACCUACAAACUUCCCCAUCGCGUGGACGGGACUGGAUUUGUUGUGUACGAUGGUGCGCUUUUCUUCAACAAGGAGCGCACUCGCAAUAUCGUUAAGUUUGAUCUUCGGACUCGCAUCAAAAGCGGCGAAGCAAUAAUCGCCAACGCCAACUAUCACGACACCUCUCCGUAUCGCUGGGGCGGGAAAUCGGAUAUUGACUUAGCCGUAGACGAGAAUGGACUGUGGGUGAUUUAUGCCACUGAACAAAACAAUGGACGUAUAGUGAUCAGCCAGUUAAAUCCUUACACAUUACGAGUUGAAGGCACAUGGGACACUGCCUAUGACAAACGUUCAGCCUCCAAUGCGUUUAUGAUCUGUGGAAUUCUCUAUGUGGUGAAAUCCGUGUACGAGGAUGAUGACAAUGAAGCAACAGGGAAUAAGAUUGACUAUAUCUACAACACUGAGCUGAGUAAAGAUGGCUACCUGGAUAUUCCAUUCCCCAAUUCCUACCAGUACAUUGCCGCAGUGGAUUACAAUCCCAGGGACAACUUGCUGUACGUGUGGAACAACUACCACGUCGUCAAGUACUCGUUAGACUUUGGAGCGCUGGACAACAGACUAGAAUCCUCCUCCUCCAUUAUGGUUUACAUGGACACCACCACCACCACCAGCCGCACCUCCGCUCGCCCCAACACCGUUACCAUGACGACCACCACGACCAGAGCGAGCACCUCCACCACCACGACCACCCCGGUACCCUACUGGGCCCGCACCACGUCUACACCAGUGGCCCCGGUGCAGACGGUGGUGGAGGGUCUGGAUCCCGAGGAAGAGGACAGGCUGCCGCCGUCGUCCAACCUGCCCAACAUGAGGGCGGAGUUCUGCAGCCCCAUGGUCAUGAUGGACGUCUCCUGGCCCAAGACCAAACAGGGGCUGGUGGCCAAGAUGCCCUGCCCUCCUGGAACGAUAGGUGUGGCAUCGUAUUUAUGUCAAGGUCCUGAAGGAUACUGGGACCCACAAGGACCAGACCUGAGUAACUGCACUUCCCCCUGGGUUAACCAGAUCAACCAAAAGAUAAAAGCUGGAGAGACCGCGGCCGUUAUUGCCCGAGAGCUGGCGGAGCAAACAAAAUCCAAUCUUCAGGCUGGAGACAUCACAUACACAGUCAAAGCCAUGGUUCAGCUGGUGGAUCUACUUGAUGUUCAGCUGAGGAACCUCACUCCCGGAGGCAAAGACAGCGCAGCCCGUAGUCUCAACAAGCUGCAGAAAAGAGAACGCUCUUGUCGAUAUUAUGUUCAGGCGAUGGUGGAGACGGUGAACAAUCUGCUGCAGCCCCCGGCCCAGGCAGCGUGGAGGGAGCUGAGCACGGGAGACCAGCUGAAAGCGGCUACCACGCUGCUGGACACUGUGGAGCAGGGGGCAUUCGUAUUGGCCGAUAACCUGCUCAAGACGGACAUAGUGCAAGAGACAACGGACAACAUCAAACUUGAAGUUGCGCGGAUGAGCACAGAUGGGAAUUUGCCUGAUCUGAAGUUUCCACAGACGGGAGGACAAGGCAACUCUAUCCAUCUCUCAGCCAACACACUCAAGCAACAUGGAAGAAACGGUGAGAUCCGUAUCGCCUUCGUCUUGUACAAACACAUAGGAAGCUACUUAUCGACGGAGAACGCUAGCAUGAAGCUGGGCAACGAUGCAAUGGCUACCAACUAUUCAGUCAUUGUGAACUCCCCAGUCAUCACAGCUGCCAUCAACAAGGACUCCAACAAAGUGUACCUCUCGGAUCCAGUUAUUUUCACUAUCAGACAUCUGCAGCAAUCGGAGGAAAACUUCAACCCCAACUGUUCUUUCUGGAGUUACUCGAAGAAGACUAUGACUGGAUACUGGUCUACGCAGGACUGCAGAUUACUGGGGACCAACCGGACUCACACCACCUGCUCGUGCACGCACCUCACCAACUUCGCCGUCCUGAUGGCGCAUGUUGACGUUAAGAACACAGACCCGGUUCACGACAUGCUCCUUGACGUCAUCACUUGGGUGGGCAUCCUGCUGUCUCUGGUCUGCCUGCUCAUCAGCCUCUUCACCUUCUGCUUCUUCCGCGGCCUGCAGAGCGACCGCAACACCAUCCACAAGAACCUGUGCAUCUGCCUCUUCAUCGCAGAGUCCCUCUUCCUCGUGGGGAUCAAUCGGGGUGACCAGCCGAUCGCGUGUGCCGUCUUCGCAGCCCUGCUUCACUUCUUCUUCCUGGCUGCGUUCACGUGGAUGUUCCUCGAGGGGGUGCAGCUCUACAUUAUGUUGGUGGAGGUGUUUGAAAGCGAACACUCCAGACGCAGAUACUUCUACAUUGUGGGCUAUGGGGUCCCUGCUCUCAUCGUGGCUGUGUCGGCCGCUGUGGACUACAGGAGCUACGGCACUGAGCGAGUUUGCUGGCUACGGUUGGACACCUACUUCAUCUGGAGUUUUAUAGGACCGGCAACUUUGAUAAUUAUGCUCAACGUGAUCUUCUUGGGCAUCGCUCUCUACAAAAUGUUCCAUCACACGGCCAUCUUGAAACCAGACUCCGGUUGCCUGGACAACAUCAAGUCUUGGGUGAUCGGAGCCAUCGCGUUGCUGUGUCUCCUCGGUCUUACCUGGGCUUUCGGUCUAAUGUACGUCAAUGAAAGCACCGUUGCCAUGGCGUACCUGUUCACCAUCUUCAACUCACUUCAAGGGAUGUUCAUCUUUAUAUUCCACUGUGUACUGCAAAAGAAGGUUCGUAAGGAGUACGGCAAAUGCCUGCGUACUCAUUGCUGCAGCGGGAAGAGUGUGGAGAGCUCUAUUGGUUCAGUAAAGGGACAGGCCUCUCGCGCCCCUGGACGCUACUCCUCCGGCUCACAGAGCCGUAUCCGCAGAAUGUGGAAUGACACGGUGAGAAAGCAGUCGGAGUCCUCCUUUAUGACUGGAGAUAUCAACAGCUCGGCUUCGCUCAACAGAGGGGCUAUGGCUAACCAUCUUAUACCUAACGCACUGCUCCGUCCUCAUGGCACUAACAAUCCCUAUAACACAUUGCUUGGGGAAUCGGCCGUCUAUAACAACCCGCUGGGCAUGUACAACCCUCAAGAGCCGUACAGAGAGACAAAGGGAAUCCUGAACAAUGCCCGGGAUACAAGUGUCAUGGAUACUCUACCGCUGAAUGGUAACCAUGGCAGUUACAGCAUCGCCAGCGCCGACUACAUGAGCGACUGUGUCCAGAUCAUUGACCGGGGAUAUAACCACAAGGAGACCACCCUAGAAAAGAAGAUCCUCAAAGAACUCACCUCCAACUAUCUGCCCACAUACCUCAAUAACUCCCACGACCGCUCGGCCGAACAGAACCGCAACCUCAUGAACAAGCUGGUCAACAACGUCAGUAACGGCGGAAAGGACAACGGGUAUGGGAUGGGUCUGGGAAUGGGCAUGGGGAUGGGCAUGGGAAUGGGCAUGAAUGUGGCUCUGAGUUUGGAUGACCACGCCACUUUUCCUCACCAUGAUGAAGGCUUGGGCCUGGAGUUGAUCCGUGAGGAGUCGAACGCACCACUUUUGCCUCAGAGGCCUCCGCCGACCUUAGCGGUGGACAACCUCCACAAUCACCUGCACCAGCCUGUGCCCCCUGCCCUUCCUCUGCCCUUCUCCUCUGCCUCAGCCUCCUCAUCGUCCCGGAGGAGGAUCCCUCAAGAGAACAGUGAAAGCUUCUUUCCUCUGCUCACCAACGAACAGACCGAAGACGAGAACUCCCCUCCACACAGCCACCAGAGAGACUCCCUGUACACCAGCAUGCCCAUGCUGCCCGGCCUGCCUGAUGUGUCCCAGGACUCCGCCCACUGUAAAGAUUCUGCAGACACCAAGAGCCAAGAGGCCAGCUCUGACGACGUUUACUACAAGAGCAUGCCGAACCUGGGCUCACGCAACCACCUGCACCAGCUGCACUCCUAUUACCAGCUGGGCCGGGGCAGCAGCGACGGCUUCAUCGUGCCCCCCAACAAAGAGGAUGCCCCCGAAGAAGGGCAUCCAGACGCAUCACAAUUGGUCACCAGCCUAUAGGCCAGACGCUCACCGACAGCUCGUCACGUAGUCCUGUUUCCCUGUUUCCUUUGUCCUCUCAGUCGUUGACAGUGGUAGCCUUUGUUUUUACUAUGUGUCCUAAAAACUAAGGCAGAUGACUGCAGUCUGUUAGCGACCACAGAAGGGACUGUGCUCCAUGUGUGGACCUGUGUCUGCUUCCAGUGUGGGGAGUAGUGAAGGCCUGGUGAGUUUCAACUCGCUGAACAGAGACGAUAGCCACACUGGAUGUCUGGAGCCCUGAAAACUGUAUCAGACUUACCAGAACAAACGGGAUAUAAAAGGACUAUUUUAUUAUACUUCUGUUUUGACUUUUUCAGAGAUUUUCUUCCUCUUUGGUGAGUUGCAGCAGAUUUUGUUUGCUGAAGUGUUCCUUCAAAUGAAAAAAGACAAAAAAAAUGAGAUGACACAUUUGGAACUGAAGGAAAUCAUGAUGCUUUUAAGCAUAACUGUUUCCUUUUCUUUGAUUUUACUGUAAUAACAGUUGUUAAGAGGGAGAAAAAACUAAUAAGAGAAUUAUGAGAUAUUUCUAUGUAAUUGUACAGAUAACUAGCAUUGCACAUAACAAUAUGCUUUUUUGUUCAGAGCAAACCCUUUGUCUUUGUAAAUGUAGUGCUUAGGAGCAGUUCUGUUGUGCUGGACUUUGGGUUCCUGGUACCAGUUGUUUUUGUUACUUCUUUUAUCACUUUUUAAGAGUCUUAAAUAGGCCAACACAGAAAUACCCCAACAGAACGCGAUGACCCGUGCAGGCAUUUCUGUGUAUUUCUCGUCUGUUUCUGUUCCCAUUCACUUUGACUUUUUGCUUUGGACUGUGUAGAUAGCAGAUCCAGUGGUUACCGCGGAGAUGAGUUGUCUGAGCUAAUCACAAAUGGUUCACUGCAUCCUUACUGGAAUUCCAAAAACGCUUGUGCUUCUCGCGAUCAGAACUGAACUUUGGUGAGCACCAGGCACUUGUAUAAAAGAUGGCUGUUUUACUUAUUAAAG